AUGUCGACCGAGCAGACUGCCGACGAAAUCAUCACCUUGUUGGGCUUGACGCCGCACCCAGAAGGAGGCUACUUCUUCAAGAGCUUCCAUGACCCACAGUCACAUAUAGAUCGAGCCCACAGCACAUGCAUCUAUUACCUUGUUAUCGGAAACGGAGGUCCCACGCGCUGGCAUCGCAUCAACGACGCUUGCGAGGUUUGGCAUCAUUACGCUGGUGCGCCUCUUAAAUUAUCAGUCGCCUGGGACGACGAGACGGGUGUCGCGAGCAAGAUACUUGGAAAGGAACUGGCUCGAGGACAGAGACCUCAGGCCGUGGUUGAGAGGGCUCAGUGGCAACGCGCGGAAUCGCUGGGGGAGUGGACGGGAAGCUUUGUGACCGCCAUCAUUGUCCUCUGCCUUGUACGUCUGCCUUCACCAAGUCCGUGUCGAUUUGGUCACGUUGUGAAGCCUAGCGAGAUCAUGGGGCUCAUCCUGAUACUCUCGGGCCUGUUUUGUGCCGUCCUCUUCUUGCAGUGGGGCGGGACUACCCAUGCAUGGAACAGCUGGCAAAUUAUCCUGCUUAUGGUCAUCUUUGUGAUUACUAUUGCCGCCUUUGGAGGUCUACAGACCUGGCAAGGUGAAGAAGCAACAAUCCCUCCGAGAAUCGCAAAGCAGCGGACGAUGCUUUCUGUAUGUGUCUUUACAUUAUUCUCAUCCGGGGCUUACUAUCUGCUCAUAUACUUCCUGCCUCUGUAUUUUCAAGAGGUCAAGGGCGCCACUGCUCUGCGGUCCGGGAUCCAGUGCAUUCCCCUCAUUCUCUGCAAUGUUGUAGGCUCUUUGUCCUCUGGACUCCUGACAACCAAGCUGGGACACUACUUUCCAUCUCUGUACCUCUCCAUGGUUCUCACCUGCAUAGGCGCAGGCCUUUUUGUCACACUGAGGCCUGGUACAGAAACCGCCCCAGUAGUAGGCUAUCAAGUCCUCUAUGGAUUUGGAAGCGGCCUCGGGUUUCAGCUGCCGCAGAUUGCGGCGCAGACAGUCCUUAAAGAGACAGAAGUACAGAUUGGCAUCGCCAUGACGCUAUUCUUUCAGAGUCUUGGAGGGACGCUUUUCCUCAGCGUCGGAAAUUCUGUUUUUAAGGAACAGCUGCGCAAUCGCCUGUUGGAGCACGCCGGGCUCUCAGCCCAGCAGCUCAAGGUCAUCCUCUCAGCUGGAGCUGUGGCGAUUGAAUCUACUCUCCAGCCCAAAGAGCUCGAGGCUGUAAGAAGCGGUUAUAGCGAGGCGCUGAUCUUUGCAUACUAUACUGCACUGGCUGCUUCUAUCUUGUCAGCAUUCGGAGGACUUUUUGUUGAAUGGAAGAGUGUGACAGAAAAAGUUCCGAGUUCAUCUUAG